AUGUCCGUUUUCAACGUCUUCAUCCUAAUUGCAUGCACAAGCAUUGCUCUCUUGUCCACACCAGUACUUGCCAGCUGCUGCUACACCUUCGCCUGCCAACCUUUGCCUUCAUCAUUCUCAUCUCACGGUACCAUCGAGAGCACCAGCAACACCAACAAUAACAACAACGACAAUCCUUCGCGAUCUAUCGCCCUCUCUCUAACAGUCACCUCUCAAUUCGCAUAUAAUUCCCCUGGCUCCAAAUAUCUCGCGUCAAUCCAUUUCCCCAGCAGCUACGUCCUUACCGCAAUCCCUUCAGGUUGUAUAUCCAUCACCGCCAACUCUGUAAGCUGCACAUCCUCAGGAACAAGUCGACUGGUCAAGGAUUUCGUGAAUAUUAUUAUCACUGACGGCACUGGGAGUAGGACUCCGAAACUGGAGGAUGUGGUCGUAAAUGGAGAACAGUGUGGUCUCCAGGCCUCGUGUCCUCUCCCAACGACGAUAACAGUGCUGACCGUAACCACGGUCGCGAUAACAAUACCAUCGUGGAGCUCCACCGCCAUGAAUCCAACAGUGACAGCCACCACCAUCACCACUACACCUGUACCACAGUCGACCUACCUCACAUUUUUUAGAACACCUUCGCCGACACCUGAUAGUGGUGGGAAUACAGAGGCAAUGGACAGGAGUCCAGAUAAGUCAAACGUGGGUCUGAUCGUAGGGUUGGCGAUACUCGCGGCAUUACUGGCGCUAGUCGUCAGUCUUUACAUGCUCCGACGAAACAGGAAGCAAAAGGGAUCUUUGAUUUGUUGCGGGAUUCGUCGCAAGGGUUCAAGGCGUCCAUGGGGACGCGAGAGUAGCAUUUACGACGUCCAUGGGCUCGAAAGCGGGAGCAGGAAGAGCAUUGGUGGCAGAUCGACGGAAUCGAAUGAAAAAGCGGCGGCGAUGCAGACCGCAGAAGCCGCGGCGCGAGGCCUUGUGGAUGGACGGACGCGUGGUUCUCGAUCUGCAGGGCCUAGGCGCAACAGGACGCCUCGUCCACCUCCGCUUUCACAUGCUGGGCAAGGAAUGAUAUUGAUCGAUAUCCCAGAAAUGCUUGAGCCUAGGCGGAACGGGGCCAAUUAUUUUGGGAAUGAGAACGAUGAGAUCCAAAGUGGAUUUGAGCAGGAACCUAGUGACGAUGCAGGUAUCAAUCAACAGUUGCUGCAGGCGCCAUUAAGGAGAUCAGUAUCGAAAUCUUCGAGGCAUUCGUGGGUGGCAGCGGUGACAAAUAAAGGCGCGAGGCUGCAUCGGGCAAUGAGCACGGCGUCCUUUAAGCUACAUCGCCGAUCAACACAAUUACAACCAGGGCAUAGGAACGAGCAGGGAUGGGGACAGGAACAGGGGCAGCAGAGAAGGAGACCGAAAUUCCCACAGGAUGGGAUUUCGUUCAGAGGCGAACACGCGCUCAUCCGGCCGCCUAAAAGCGCGCACAGAGUACAUCAGGGAGGCACGCGUGAACGUCGUUAUAAAAGUGGAGUUUUGGUGACAACCAUCCGACCGGAACACCAUGAACAACAAUUGCGUCAAAUGAGGUUCGAGCAUGCGCUAGAGUAUAAGCGGAGAAGUGGGGGGCCGGAUGAUGCAGAUACAGCACAGCUAUUGAUUCAACAGCAGAACUAUCGGCUGCCUGCUGUAGGGAGUUCAGUAGAAGAUUUGAAUGGAAAGGGCAAGGCGACAGGGAUUCGGACGAGUGGAAUGGAGGUGUUUAUGAAUCCUGGUCCACCACCGCUUCCACCGCCCACGCGGCCGCUGUCGCACCGUGCGCAGAGGGUGAGGACUCGUCCGCCGAAGAUGCAUCAUUUGAAGGCUGGCGUAGACUCGAGUGGGGCAGGUGUUGAAGAUGAAGGACUUUACGGAUACAUGUAA